UCCCUAGACAGCUUCUACGUUCCAGCACUGGCAUCCGGGCUGCCGAAGGACGAUGAAGGCAGCAACGCCCCGCAAACCGAUUGCUCUCUGCCAUGUCCGCAGUGCCAUGAAAUCCUGCAGGGUUUUCAGGCACUGAAGGACCACCUCGAAACCGUGCAUUCCAUGAUCAAGCAGGAGAACGACGGGGGAAGUGGUUCGGCAACACCUUCGCCGCCCCUCUCCGCCUUCUACCACCAGCAGUCGUCGUUUCAGCCAAUCCACGGCACCGCUUCGCUGCCCUCGCCACCUGCCUCUUCAUCGGCGCUAGAAGGCGGUGGCGGUAGUAGCUGUAUGGAAGCCGCCUCCCUGGCGGCAGUGGUCAUGAACGGCAGGAGUAGUAGUAACAGCAACAGCAGUAGCAGCAGCCACAGCAGCAGUAUCAGUUGUAGUAGUAGUAGAAGCACCUCAGCAGGUGGUGGCCUCGGUGCCGCCGCAAUUGCCGACGAAGGUGGGCGGUCUAUUAGUCCAACCUACAGCAAUAGCAGCAGUAUUGGCGGGGGGAGUAACAGCGGGGUGGGCGGUGGAAGCCACAACGCUGGAGAACCCUACGCAUGCUUACAAUGCUCCGCCUCAUUCCCGAAUCGUGACUUACUUGAGAAACAUGAGUUGAUGCAUGUACCUAAUGCUUUAGUGAUUUGUAAAGUUUGCCACAAGCAGUUCGCGAACGUGUACCGGCUGCAGCGCCACAUGAUCUCCCACGACGAAUCGACGCUGCUGCGGAAGUUCAAAUGCACCGACUGUGAUAAGGCGUUUAAGUUCAAGCAUCACCUAAAGGAGCACGUGCGCAUCCACUCGGGCGAGAAGCCUUUCGGGUGCAACAACUGCGGCAAACGAUUUUCCCACUCCGGUUCCUACUCCAGCCACAUGACCUCGAAGAAAUGCAUCAGCAUGGGACUGAAGCUGAAUAACAACAGCGCGUCUGUUACGAAUAACAAUAACAACAACAGCGGAAGUCCCAAGUCAUCAUCAGACAAAAGCAGCCAUCGGAGGAUGGCAUCCGGAAUGCUUCCCGGAGGAAGUCCAACGGGUGCCGGCAUCGGUAGCAGCAAUGCAGUGAGCGACCAGCCUCCAAAUGCCAACCCAUUCCUGCCGAUGCUCCCGAAAUAUCCACCGAACUACGAAGCCAUGAACGCCGCUUUCUUGGCCUCCUUCCACAACCCAUUCUACCCUAUGGCGGCGCUCAAUUCCGGCAACCCCGCCUUCAACCCUUACAGUAUACAGCGUCUCCUAGAACUGUCAGCAGCAGGUGCCGCCAAUGGCAGCACUCCGGAAUCUAUGGAAUCCCUGCUCCUGAAAACCCAACAACAGUUCACAGCAGAUCUCAUCGGUCAACGGCAUCACAGCUCCAAAUCCCCUGUGCCUGAUUCCGAUGUAGAAGACAUGAUCGAAGACGUCGCUGACGACGGCAACGAAGAGGAAGAACCCAAGCUGGUGAUGGACGUUGACGACGAAGACGACGACGAUGAUCAAGAUAUUCCCAACGAAGAAUCCGCUAAGAAACAAAUCAAGGUGGAUGAUGAUGAAGAGAAUGAAAUCUCACCUAUCGAUCGGCAUUACUCGCAACCCUCACCGGCAAGAAUCGAACAGCAACGACAGCAAACUCCCGACAGAAGCAGUUUCAACAACAUUCUCGACGAUAUGAAGCAAAAGAUCCUGGAUGUUGCACACCGCAUUUCUGUUGGAGACCAACUAGCAACCCAGCGAUCACCGACUCCGAAAACGACUGAAACCAUCAAGGUAGAGCGUCCUGAAACCGCUUCUCCGGAACUUAACAUCGACACGGACGCUCGCAGUCCAAGUCCUGUUGCCGCACCUUCCCCGGUGAUGCAUCACAUCAAAACCGAACUCAAAGAUCAAGACGACACAGAGAAGGAAACCGGCCGAAAAACUCCAAUACUCCAGUGUCAGCACUGCAACGCAACCUUCAACCACCAGGUGGAAUUGGCUCAACACGAGCAAGUCCUCUGUCAAGCGCUAGCUAUCCAAAAGCAGAUGGCAGCAGCUGCUGCCGCCGCUGCAGCCGCCAACACCUACCUUCCACUCAAUAGCAGCAGCGAAGAUGACGGCGAUUUCGAUAACCACAAAAUGACCACGGAACGAAGCAACGGGAAGGUUCGAGUUCGCACAGCCAUAUCCGAGGAACAGCAGAACGAGCUGAAAAAGUAUUACGCCCUGAACAACAAACCCAACCGGGAGGAGUUCCAACUGAUUGCCAAGCGAGUCGGAAUGGAAGCACGGGUUGUUCAGGUUUGGUUCCAGAACAAUCGAUCCCGGGAACGAAAAAUGGGAAAUUUCUCCUCUAUUCAGCGUGCUCAAAUAACUCCGGAAGCUAUGACCCACACCCAAAUGUUCCCCAGUGAAUCAUCUCAGCCAACCGAGGGCACCACGGAACAACCGCUAGAUCUCUCGUUAAAGAAAACCGACUCCACUCCUUCAAGCUCCCCUCGGUACGGUGUCGCACCUCUCUCCCAGCCGGAAACCGCAGCUUUGCUGGACGAAGCUAUGAACCUAAGCGUAAAGUCAUCCCGCAGUUCAUCCCCCUACAAGGGAGUCUAUCCGUACACCCAGUUCUCGACCGAGAUGCUGAUCCGCCAAACGCCUUCUCCCAACGAAGCCCCCAGACUCCAACCACAGCAGCAACAAGUCCGACAACCUCCAGCCAUGCCUAGCUUCCCACCGCAACUGCCCCCUACAGUCCCAACGAGCUUUGUUGGCAUGGAUCGCAUCCUGCAGCAAUUCUCUCCGGACAUUGGCCGGGGUCCAUCGGCACGCGCCGACAGCCUCAGCCCAAGCUCUGAAAAGCAGCGAGCCUGGCGGGAGCUGGAACACUACGAAGCCGCUGUCAAGUUGCACCAACGCGGAGGCGGCGGUCAAUCGCCCUACGACGACCAGAAGCUGCUGCAGAUGCAGUCGAUGCUGAGCGUCCCGAAGCGGCUGCUCUACUCGACCGCUAACAACAGCAAGGAGCUACCGGAUGCCGAGGGUCAGUACGUGUGCGACCAGUGCGACAAGUCCUUCUCCAAGCACAGCUCCCUGCAGAGGCACAAAUACGAACAUUCAGGCCAGCGCCCGUACAAAUGCGUCGAUUGUCCGAAGGCGUUCAAGCACAAGCACCAUCUGACCGAGCACAAGCGGUUGCACAGCGGCGAGAAGCCUUUCCAGUGCUGCAAGUGCCUGAAGCGGUUCUCCCACUCCGGCUCCUACAGCCAGCACAUGAACCACCGCUACUCGUACUGCAAACCCUACAGGGACGGUAAAUAAGACGAGGACCAGGGACGGGAGGUUCCGUCCCCUGCUGGUGCUUCCAUCGGCGGCUUCCAUCACCAUCCAUCCCAGCACCAUCAGCAUCAGCAGCAGCCUCCGAGCAGACCUGGACGUCGUGGUCGGCGACCAGCAGCAGUAGCCGCUGGACCGGUUAUGGGUGGCCUCGUAGGCUAUCCGGUUGGGCCACCACCUCCGCCCCCACCGCCUCCUCCACCACCGCCAUCGAUGAUGAGGAUGGGUGCUGGUGCUGGUGGGGCACUAACGCCGCCCAAUCUAGUGUCACCGUUCCAGCCCACAGCCCUACCACCCGUUUCGUACUUCGAUCGACGCCUCCUGGUCGAUAGCUAUCUUAACACCAGCUUCAUGAGCUAUGGCGGCGGAAUCGGCGGAGUGCACUGAAACAAAUACACUGUAGACAAAUUGAUAAACAACAGUUGGUGUUAAUAAUUGGUUAACAUUUUUUUUUAUUGUUUUUCGGCUGAAUGCUAACAAAACGAGAAAAACUAAAUCAACGAAUAAUCGUACUUAAAAUCGAAAUUAUACCACUCACACACAAUUUGUCAGUGAAUUAAUCCCAGUUAUAUUGAUGGUCAAAUUUUGUUUUUUCAAAGCCAACUGACUCUUGGUAAGAAACAAAAACUUGAAAUACAAUUUAUGCAUUUAGCUAAAUUAACUUGGAUCGAGAACCUUGUACCAAUUUCAAAUGAAAAAAAAAACAUUAAAGAACACACAAAAACAACUCUUAAUAAUGUAACUCGAAUCUCAUUCCCUUUCGCUAAUAUUAAUUUGUGUCUAGUUCUAUACUAAUUAUAGGAUUUAAUCUGUUACGGAAUUAUCAGAUUAUACUUAUUUUUCUAUAGUACUCGUUAAGUGCCCCUAGUGUAAGGAACCCCUGCUCAAGGACAUUGUUGCAAUGUUCUCGCGCAUACCUGUAGAAUACUCACACGUGAAUUAUGUUGCCAAUAAUGAAUAAAAUUAUACCAAAGCAAAAGGCGUUUUACACGCAAGUUAAAAAACAAAAGAAUCAAACUCGAGAAUUUUCACACACACACUCAAAAAAAGGCUGGGUUUAGCAAUUUUGUUUUCAUUGUUUAUUUUAAUAUCUUUCUUAUUAUUUUUUUCCAUUUGACAAAACUAUAUUUUAGUAAACUACAAAAAAUGAACAGAGAAAAUAUAUACGCAUUUUGGACCACACGGUGUUAACAAGACAAUACAAUAAAUAAUAAAUUUAACCUUCCAACAACAAAAAAUCAAAGAAUACAAAACAACUUACUAUGUAUAAUGAUAACCAAACCAAACCAAUUUCACGUUUUUUGAUAACGCAAAUCUAAAAUCUUCCUCUCCCCCCUAAACGCUUUCUUCCUAAAUUGUAAUACUCUUUCGAUAACAAACUCAACAAUGAGAAGAAUAAAAACUAAUGGAACUUACCAAGUAAACAUGACUCUCGACAAAGUUUAAUGUCCUACCCGAAAUCGGAAAAACUAGAAAUUUUGGCAUUGGUCCGGUGUGUCACGUUCACGCGAAAAUCUUCGACUUUAAAAAGGUUUCAACACUUCGGUUUUCCGGAAGGCGUUAACAUCAUUCAAAGCAAAAUUUCUCGACAAACGUUCUGAUUUUCUGGGGAGGACAAGCAUCAAGUAAGCUACUCAGAACCGUGUGAAAACUACAACAAAAUACAUAUUUCUCUUCUCUGAUAAAAAAAAAAUACUACGCCAAACGACGAAGAUGUUUGUUUCUGUAAAUAUCUGCGCAUAUAUGCAAACAAAAUCAACAACACACUUAGGCUUAAAUGAAAAAGUAAAUAAUAACGAAGAAAAACGAACAACACAAAAGCUCUAAACUUAACUACUGUAUAGUAUAACAUUAAGCUGUAUUAUACAUUUGUAAGAAGUACUGCUCGAGAGAGUACGAUAAGAUGCAGAUUGAAGUUAAGGUAAAAUAUUGUUUUUUUUUUGACGAAGAGAAAGCAUACUAAAUAUAUAAAUGUAAAUGAAGAUGGUGAGAUAAGUAAUACAUCGAGUUAUAUUGUAAUCGUUUUUUACAACAUUGCAACAAAGGAAUAACUAAAAGAAAAAACAAGGAAUAGCAACAACGAAAACUGUUGAUUUAGUAAAAAACAAAAGAAACAAAAACAAAGAAAAACGUAUUGAUCCCUGGCGGCUGGUCUACCGCGGGAUUGCUCCCGUGAGUUGUUUUCAGCCGUUUUGUGGACGUAAAACAAGUGUCUUUUCAAUUAACAUUAACUUGACUUGCUAUUUUUAUUAUUAACUACCGAAUAUUAUUAUUGAGCAUUAUUUAGUUAUUGAAUUCGACUUAAGAAAAAGCAUAAUGCAUUAAAAAAAUAUUGAAUGAAAAGUGCGCAGAAAAAAAAACUUAUAUUUAAUGAAUGAAAAUACUGUUAAAUAUUUCUACGAAUUAACAUAAAUUUAAAGCAUUAAAGUAAAACACUCAAAGAAGCAAACAAAAAUCAGCAGAAAACUUAAAAACAGAUAACCAUUCCAGUAAACGAAAAGAGAGGAAAAAAAAAGCUGAAAACGAAGUUUUGGCAUAGAAGCUGAAUCUUGGGCAUAUUGGAAAUCGUAAAGGGUUUUUGAAAAAAAAUGCAUCUUAACUAAACUAAAACUGAGAGAAGUCGUAACUAAGCAAAAUAAUUUAGACAAAUUAACCUGGAGGAAAACCGUUCGCUGCAUUUCUAUGCGAAUAGUCGGCAAAACUUGUUACCAGACAAUAAUCUACAAAUUAAACAAACAAAAAAUCAAGAGAAUUCAAGGAAAGAGAAAAUAACGAACUUUCGAACCGAACAAGCACAUGUUCACGCACAGCAACUCCGACACGUGACGAAUGCUAACGAACCACAGUAUAAACCGGAAGCGAAACAAACGCUUAACAUUUUCAUCAAGCGUUUCGCUGUUGUUUUUCCGUUGCGCUUCCAGUACUCACCACGUGGUGUCGCCACGUGCUUUUCGAGGAAGACGAAACUGCACCCCUAUUAGAAAACGUUACGGAAUGGAAAAAACAGCCAAAAAAAAUUCUCGCACGCAAGCUAUGCCUUAUUUUUCUCGUACGAAAGAAGAUUUUGCUCAAAGGAAAAUUUUCCUUUUCUCUGUUAGUUCCCCAUUACUAUACAUAACAAACAAACGAACAAGCAGCGCAGGUUUCCAAGACAACGAACUGCCCUCAGCGCUCUUUUUUCUUCCUUCAUCAGCACCCAUACUCGGUGUUCGUGAUGUACAUGUUAACGUUCUUUUGCCAACACAAACUCUCUUACGUUAGCCGUUUAGGAAUUUGUACAGUUUUACGUUUAAGUUCCUUCCUCUUCCCUCCGUAAUCCCAUAUAUGACUUAUUAUUCUUUACUUUGUACAAAUCAAUUUUGAAACCCCCCGAAAAGCUAGCAAUCCAAAGAAAAACUAAAACAGACGCGCUUAGUUUAAAAAAACCAAAUUUUGAUACUUUGUUUCGAAGUUCAAACUGUACAGUCACAAACGGAAAGAGCCGAUCUGAAAGGUAGACCAUACCAAAGUCAAACACAAAACCACAUACGGAACCGCGGCAAAACUGCCCCCAAUUACUUCAUUGAUUUUACAUUGGAGUAGGGGAUGUUGUUGGUUUCGGUUUUUGUCUUUAAUCUAGAUUCUAAAACCAAUACUGUGUAGUGUUAAUAAAUUUUGUUAAGGUUAUUUAGCGAGGAACCCCUGCUGAAAAGUGGACAUUUUCUAAGUUCUGGCCUUUGCCCCCACAUCCGGGUUGGCCAACGAACGCCCCCUCCUCUCACGUUAACGAUUGUAUUAAAUUUAUAAAGAGUUUUUAUUAUUUUAUUCUUCCAAUUAAAAUUUAUUUCGCCAUACAAAACAACACGUACUGUGUGUAUGUGAGCGCAGUGCCAAUUGGUGCCAAAAAAUUACAGCGAAAAUUUUAUCUUCCUAACAGCAAUGCAAUUUCGAUAUGUUCACAGCUUUCCGGAAAGUCAAAACCAACAGAAAACUUAACCUGGAGUUAAAAACAUCAAACAAACGAAAAAAAAACAAAGCUGAAUAAUAAAGCCAAAACAACCAAAAGCACACAGCAGACAAGCAAAGUUCAUGUGUUUUAUGGAUUAGCGAAUAAUCAAUGGCAAGUGUAACACUCUGGAAUAAUCAAAAUACACACAAUACCUACAUUAAAAAAUGCAACAGACACACAGACACUCUAUCUUUCACAAAGCAAAGUAGGAGAAGAAGGGAAUGAAAAUUAUGGUGGAAAAAUACAACAGAAAGUAUGUCUUUAAGUAUAUGAAAAUUUAAAAUAUAUUAUAUAUACAAGAAUAAAAAUAAUUAUAAAAAAUUAAA